UUGACAUUGCGCUCCACAUUAUGAGCAGCGUGUUUUCUCUGCGAUUGUAACUUGCAGCCUGAUUACCAAGCGGGACCGUGCUGUUGUGGUCGGGGACACAUCUAGGCUCCUGUAAGGUUCGGUCACACUACUGCACGUGUCUCUGCUGUUGCAGUGAGUGUCCCACCUUGAAGUCUGACAGAAAUACAACACAGAAGGAAGUAAUAUACUGAAAUCAUCCAUUUCAAAAACUCCUGUGUGACAGAUGCUCUUGCCAUGGCCAGGAAAAGUGUUUCCUGGAUAGCCAGUUCCCUGUGACGGCUGGGCUCCACAAAUCUGAGAUCCGCUUCUCCUUUGUUAACUUAACAAACCAUGAUGAUGCUUUGGCUGCUGCUAGUACUAUUCCUUUGGGUGGGGCUUCACCAGGGUGACUUAGCCCAGUCCAAUGAACGGCGAGUUGUAGCGCACAUACCUGGUGACAUCAUCAUUGGAGCAUUGUUCUCCGUCCAUCAUCAGCCUCCUGCCGACAAGGUACAUGAGCGCAAGUGUGGCGCAGUGCGAGAGCAGUAUGGCAUCCAGAGGGUGGAGGCCAUGAUGCACACGCUGGACCGCAUUAACAAUGACCCACAGAUCCUUCCCAACAUCACCCUGGGCUGUGAGAUCAGGGACUCAUGUUGGCACUCAGCCGUGGCUCUGGAGCAGAGCAUCGAGUUCAUACGGGAUUCGCUGGUCUCCACUGAUGAGGCCGAGGAGUGGGGCGUGGGAGGCUCUUGGGGAGGAGGUGGUACAGUGACUAUAAAGUGUUCAGAUCCCUCUGCCACUACAAUGCGGGGGAAGAAACCCAUUGUGGGUUUAAUUGGACCGGGGUCGAGCUCAGUGGCCAUCCAGGUCCAGAACCUUCUACAGUUGUUCAACAUACCACAGAUUGCCUACUCUGCCACCAGUAUGGACCUCAGCGAUAAGAGCCUUUAUAAGUACUUUAUGCGGGUGGUGCCUUCAGAUGCCCAGCAGGCAAGGGCUAUGGUGGAUAUUGUCAAGAGGUACAACUGGAGCUACGUGUCUGCUAUACACACUGAAGGAAACUAUGGGGAAAGUGGGAUGGAAGCGUUCAAAGACAUGGCAGCCAAAGAGGGCAUCUGUAUCGCCCACUCUGGCAAAAUCUGGAGCAAUGCUGGAGAGCAGAGCUUUGACCGGCUGCUGGAAAGACUGCGGGCCCACCUACCCAAAGCCAGAGUGGUGGCAUGUUUCUGUGAAGGCAUGACUGUCCGUAACAUCCUCAUGGCCAUGAGACGCCAGGAGCUGGUAGGAGAGUUCCUUCUCAUCGGCAGCGAUGGAUGGGCGGACCGGUAUGACGUGACAGAUGGCUAUGUUAAGGAAGCGGCUGGUGGUAUUACCAUCAAGCUGCAGUCAGCCGAUGUGAAAUGGUUUGACGAAUACUACCUUAAACUUCGUCCUGAAAACAACCACAGGAAUCCCUGGUUCCCAGAGUUCUGGCAGCAUCGUUUUCACUGUCGUCUUAAAGGCCACGCACAAGAGAAUAACAAGUACAACCGUACCUGUAGCAAGCGAGAAUCACUUCGGCAGCAGUACGCACAGGACACUAAGAUGGGGUUUGUCAUCAAUGCCAUCUACUCCAUGGCAUAUGGCCUGCAUAACAUGCAACGGGCACUCUGCCCAGGCUAUCAGGGCCUGUGUGAUGCCAUGCGACCAAUCGAUGGUGCUACACUGUUGGACUUUCUGAUGAAAACCAACUUCACAGGAGUGUCUGGGGAGGGAAUCUUAUUCGAUGAGAAUGGGGACUCACCUGGAAGGUAUGAGAUAAUGAACUUCAAAAAGAUAGGAAAGGACUACUAUGACUACAUUACUGUUGGCAGCUGGGACAAUAGCGGCUUGAAGAUGGACGAUGAUGAAAUCUGGCCCAACAAAGAUACCACCAUCAAGUCAGUCUGCAGUGAACCCUGUGACAAAGGACAGAUUAAGGUGAUCCGUAAAGGUGAGGUGAGCUGCUGCUGGACGUGCACUCCCUGUAAAGAAAACGAGUUUGUGUUUGACGAGUACACCUGCCGAGCCUGUGAACUGGGCUCCUGGCCUACCGAUGACCUCACAGGCUGUGACCCAAUCCCAGUGGAGUAUCUGCGAUGGGGAGACCCUGAACCCAUUGCUGCUGUGGUCUUUGCCUGUCUCGGUCUAAUGGCCACAUUCUUUGUCACUGCAGUCUUCAUCAGGUUCCGGGACACCCCAGUAGUGAAAUCUUCUAGUAGGGAGCUGUGCUACAUCAUACUUGCAGGGAUCUGCCUGGGUUACCUGUGUACCUUUAGCCUCAUAGCCAAACCCCUUGUUAUCCACUGCUACCUCCAACGAUUGGGAAUAGGCCUGUCGCCUGCCAUGAGCUACUCCGCGCUUGUCACCAAGACAAAUCGCAUCGCUCGGAUCCUGGCAGGCAGCAAGAAGAAGAUCUGUACAAAGAAACCUCGCUUCAUGUCUGCCUGUGCUCAGCUCAUCAUUGCCUUCCUCCUCAUACUGCUGCAGCUGGGCAUCAUCGUUGCUCUCUUCCUCAUGGAGCCACCUGAUGUGAUCCAUGACUACCCCAGCAUCCGCCAGGUUAACCUUAUUUGCAACACCACUAACCUGGGCGUUGUUGCCCCACUGGGAUACAAUGGCCUGCUCAUCCUCAGCUGCACAUUCUAUGCCUUCAAGACUCGGAACGUCCCAGCUAAUUUCAACGAAGCUAAGUACAUUGCCUUCACCAUGUACACCACCUGCAUCAUAUGGCUGGCCUUUGUACCCAUCUACUUUGGUUCCAACUACAAAAUUAUCACCAUGUGCUUCAGUGUCAGCCUCAGCGCCACUGUGGCUCUGUGCUGCAUGUUUGUACCUAAGGUGUACAUAAUUUUAGCCAAACCGGAGCGUAACGUGCGCAGUGCCUUUACCACUAGCACAGUGGUGCGCAUGCACGUGGGUGAUGGCAAAUCAUCCUCGGCUGCCAGCCGCUCAUCUAGUCUGGUUAACCUGUGGAAACGCAGAGGCUCUACUGGAGAGACACUCAGCUCCAAUGGGAAAUCUGUAUCUUGGGCGCAGACUGAACGCAGCAGUUCACGUGGCAACCACCUGUGGCAGCGGCUGUCGUUCCACAUCAAGAAGAAGGAGAAUAAUCAGACUGCAGUUAUCAAACCUUUCUCCAAAACCUCUGAGGAACGUUACUGUGGGGGAGGGGACCUGCCCCCACAUGUGCCUCUGCCCUCCCUCCCUUCCAUGUCCUCCCUUCCCUCUCAUCCUGACACUGGCACUGAUAAGAACCUGUACGAGCUAUCUGAAGCAGAGGAACGCUACUCGAUCACAUACCGGCCACAGACGCCUUCACCGAUCAGCACAGUCAGCCAGAGACUAGGGGCAGGCUUAGGGGAGGAUCCUCAGAUGGCCAGUAUUCCAAAUUACUCAAGCAGCAUUUGCAGUGGUGGUAGCGGCAGCAGUUGUGGUCCUGCCAGCAGCGGCUCUGUUGUCACCGGGAGUGACGGUCGCCUGGUUGUUGUGGAUGAUCAUCCGGGAGAGGCCCAGAGUUCACUGAUGGAUCAGAUCAGCUGCGUGGUAAACCGCUUCACCGCCAACAUCACUGAGCUUAACAGUAUGAUGCUCUCGUCCUCUCCAUCACACUCGCACACACACAAACACAGACCCCCUUCUCCUCACCCCACCGACCCGUAUCUGUUACCCCGUGAACUCCAGAUGCCCCCGACCCUCACCACCUAUGCUGAUGUCCAGCCCCUCCCACCUGUUGAGCCCAGCUUGGGGGGCCGCGGGGGCUGUCUUGCUCACCCCAUCCCUCAAUCGCCCUACCCGCUACCACCUCCUCACCCCCAGACCUCCCCCUCUCUCUCCCCCAUGCGAGGAGGCUUGGUCACCUGCCUGCCCGACUCCCCGCUGAGGAGAGCAGAGUUGGAUGAGGAGCUUAUUGCUUUGACUCCUCCGUCGCCCUUCCGUGACUCUCUGGCAUCCAGCAGUGGGUCACCUGUCUCAGAAACAGGCUUGUAUCUCCCCCCAGUCCCCUCCCAUCCUCCCCCAUCUCCCCCUUCACCCAGGUACAGCAGACUGACACUCAGACACUACAGUCAGAGUUCAUCCUCACUGUGAGGCAGAGAAGUACAGAGAACACAGAGGUGAAGAUGUGCGCUCAAAAACACAGGUCAUAACGAGGAAAGAGAAUGGAUUAACGGAAAUCCAUUUGCCCCUGUGGGAAAUAGAAACCUAAAGUAGAGGAGACGUGGCGAGCUGGUUGAUGAAGACACCAAGCUGUGUUUGUGUUUACAUGUUCACAGUGGGAUGCAGGUAUAAGAGGCUUGCCCACAUUGUAUUUUGUUAGUGCUGUUUCUCACAAGUGUGGUGUGAAGAUCUGCAGAAAUGGCCACUUUGCAGUGUUUUGGUGUCUGUAAAGCCAGAAAUCAUUCUCGAAGGUCUAGAGCUACGUAUCACUUAGGUUUGGGUAGUGGCCUUAAGGUAACACGGCUGUCAACUAAUUAGAGAUUGUGAAUGUGUGUGUGUGUGUGUGUGUGUGUGUGUGUGUAUAGUAUGUGUGUGAGCAUGAGUGUGUUUUUGCUGUAUGAGACAACACGAGGCACAUUGUCUCAUUAACUCUAAGGACUAAAUGGAGACUAUCAAGGGCAUACAUAUACAUAUAUACAAAUACAAUGUAAGGGGACAACACUGUAAAUAUAUGAGGUUAUGGAUUUUUCUUGGGUGAUAAAAAUCCAACAUGCUUCUGACAAAAGUGCAUUGUGUUAACAUACCAGACAGUAUGUUAUUCUGAAGGACUUUCUCAGAAAAGUUUUUAUUCUCUUAGUUCUCCCAUCUGUUCCCUCUGCACAGCUUUCUUUUGCUCAGUUCCUCUUUCUCUUGCUAGGCUACUUUAUUUUAUCCUGCUCUCAUAUCAGUAUUGUCUGUUCUAUUUCUAUUCCUCAGUAGUUUGAAUGUAUAUUUUGUACAUGAUUCCUAAAGCAGAUGGGACCAAACCUUUGUACCUCUCUGUCUGUGACUCAAGAAAGAGGGAACUGGCAACACCAGGGCUUGUUUUACCAUAAACAUCUUAGCGGGCGUUCAGACUGAGUGCAGUAAAACACAACUCCCUGCUGUGUCUUUAUGCAAGAGGCUGCGUUGGUCAGGGCAUGAGGGGUCGCAGGGGGAGUGUUGUAAGUGUAUAUGAUAUGGCCACACUGUGUAUGUGUGUGUCUUCAUUCACGUUUACCAGCCUGCCAGUUUUCCGUUGUGUUUUGGUCAGUCAUGCUGCUAACAUAGCCUACUCUUUGUUAGCACCAAUUUCUACAACCAGUGUGUCGGCUUUGAUAGAUGAAAAACAUUAACAUCCAGUACCCUAACUAACAAAAACACAUGGCCAGUGGCUAUGAUACAUUUACUGUGGUCCAAAUUUGAGAGUGACUAGAAGUGAAUGCUGAUGCUAAAAAGGUAAACGAGUCUUCUUACCAUGGGCUUCGACGUUCCAACCAUCCCCUGUACGUGAUUGGUCAAUGCAGUGCCUUUGCUGGAUGAUGUCACCCUCUGGUGAGGCAAAAGUUGAACCAACUUUUUAGCCUCACGUGGGUGUGUCAUUUUGCCAGAGCCCCUUGCAGUGCUGGUGUGGUGAACGUAAUCCCCCAUAGAAAUGAAUGGAGAAGGCUGCGUUUUUUCACACCCUUGAAACUCAGUCUGAACAUGACCUUACUCACUGAAUCUUGUUCAGGUGGCUUAUUGGCAGAAGUCUGACCUCAAAGCUUAUUAUUAGUUUGUGACAUUUAGCAGCAUUAUGUAAGGCUUAGCUGGACACCAGUACUGACAUUUUCUCUAUACAACAUGUCAGCGGGACUCAGGUGUCACUCUGUUUCACCAAAAAUGGUGGCAUGAAUUGGAAUAACAAUCGUCUCUUUAGUGGACAGAGAUUGAUAAAAUUGGAGAGAGUCUGCUCGUAGCCUCUACUAGGAUCGCCUAGGACUCUUUUGAAGUUUCCCACUCUUUUCACACAUAGGGGCAGAACAACAAACAAUUAGCUAAAUCUUUUUUAAAUGCAGUUCAGACUGGUCCAUCACAAGACCAUCCUGGUAGAGGAUGAGGGCUGUCCAUUGUAGCUAAUAAAAUGUAUGCUUCCCUGCUGAGAGUAGAUGGUGAUACCAUUCUCAUGUAUGUCAGGUGAAUGAAAUCUCUUCUAAUGUCAUGGCAAUGGCAAGACAUACUGUAAGUGUUGUUUUUAUACUUUUUUUUAAUUCAUUAAAUGUUUAGCUUCAUAUUGAAUUGACAGACAUGAUAAUGGUGAUCAUCUUCUCUAACUUUCAGCAAGAAAGCAAAUCAGAUAUGUAUAAGCUACAGUGAAUGUGAAAGUAUGUCACAACAUGUUGGAUGUUGGGACGUGGGGGCGGGGGAUUUUUGGAGGUACGCAAUGUAUUUACAUGCAUACAUUCUUUUGGGGGGGGGCUAAAAAAAAUCUGCUUAAAUUGUUUAUAUCCCACUUUACUGACUGUGGUAACCUUAGCUGACUGUAACUCAAAGUGGAGCUAAAGAUCCCAUCUACCAAACGGACAGACUGAUCUGAGCUCUCAGUUUGAGAACUAAUGCAAGCUAGCAGCUGUCAGCAGAUGACGCAAACACUGCAGAUGAAUCCAUUUCUGUCCUGUCUGUGCUCCGACUGAACACUAAAGUGGACAUUUGGAUGUAGUUGAAUCAUCCACUGCUGUGUAUAGCUGUAUGGAAUAGUAUUUAUUUUUUUAAAUUAUGUCUUGAUGUAUGUAGUGUAUACAGUAUAUCUACUGUAUGUUGGUUAAUGAGCAUGAUGCUCCAAACAUGGUGCAUUUAUUCAAAAUUUAGCACAGCGUGACAUCUUCACAUUCUCUGUAGCACUUGUUCUGUACAGGGUGGCAGGGCAGCUGAAACCAAUCCCAGCUGACACUGAGCGCGAGAUUGGGUUCUCUAAAAGGUGUUGGGUCAUACUAGUAUAUAACAGAUGUUUGAGGGACACAGUUUUCAGUUUAUAUGGAGAGACUUGCUAUCUACUAUUAGCAUAAAGGUCAAAUGUUGGACUAGAGUUUUAUACAUCUUAAUAUUCCAGUCAUAAACGCCCGUGUAGAUGAAUAAACAGAUCUGAAUUUGCAAAAUACUGCAGGUUUUCCACAAUUCAACAAUUUAACAUUUGGGUUAAAAAUAUCUUUUGAGAAUCUGAGUACUUCGAGUAGUACUGGGGUUUAAAAUGUGCUGUGAAAUCACUGAGGUGCUUUGGAGAAACUGGGCCUUGGCUUUGUAUCAGCUCCCUCCACAAAACACUCAGCAAAAAAGAAAAAAGAUGAGAAAUCUUACAUAACAAGAUUACAAUGCACAACACAAGCCGUUUUAGAUACUUUGGAUGAGAAAUGCUCUCUGGAUUGAGAUGUCUGAUUUAAAGUGGACUGUUUGUAUCACAACAGCAAUCAGUGUUUCAGUAUGUUGCCUGUAGUAUGACUGUCCAUCAUGAGCUCCAGCAUAUGCAUUUGUUUGCUGUUAAGAUCUGACUGAUGCAGAUGCAGUCCAUGGUCGGAUUUCUCAUUUUAAGUGUAGUAUUUCUCUUCUAAACUAGCCAGCAAAAACAAACUCAAAGUGGUUCUGUAAAUAAUAAGGGCAUGCAAAGAAAGUUCUGUUUUGUUUAAGAUUCAAAUAAAUUUAUUUACAGAGUGACAAAGGUGAAAAAAGGAAAAAAGUGUUUUUGAACUAUGUUAUAACAUAUAGUACCAAUAUGUGUUCCGACUACAGAAACUGUGUUACUACUCUGAAUGUGUGUGACCAUUCCUAUUCAAAUGUCUUGUAAUUCAGCACUAUAAUAAUAAUAAUUAAUAUGACUAUGAUUAUUGUGCCAAAGGGGUUGGGGAGGGUCUAGCUGACUAGCUUGUGGGUAAAUAUGUGGUUUCAUAAAAAAACAGAAAAAAUGUAAAAUUGUUUCCAUUAUUUUGGAGGUUUUCUAUAUAAAUAUACCACAUGUUCUGGUGUUAAAGCAAUAUUAUCCAUAUGUAAAGAAGGUGCAUAUCUGAGGAGUUUCUUAAGUCAUAAAUGAUGCUUUAAAUUUUUAUUUUCUAUCCUUCUGUAAUCACUGGUGGACAAUUCAACAAGGAGCAUGGUGGGUUGAUAGGUUUACAUUAUUCUUUGUAUUUUCUCUAAAUCUCUAUUUAAUGAAAGGGAGAUGUUUGUUUAAAAAAUGUGUGAUUCCCUAUUUUUGUAAUGUUAUUUUCUCGUAGUUCCACAGUUUCCCAUUUUAUUCCUUGUUCACCCUCUGAUGUAAACUUUUAGUCAGACUGAUCUACUGAUAUGAGAUAGUGAAGGAGACAAUUUGUGUACCAUAAAGUGGUUUACUUUCUUGCUGUUUUUUUAAAGAAGUGCACUGCAAACCUGUCUGAUGUCCUUAAAUAAGCUACAGUACGUCUCUGCAACUCAGUGUAAACAUCGAGUCCUAAAUGUAAAAAAAAAAAAAAAAGUUAACA